AUGCAGAAGCUAUUGACGGUAUCCGAGUAUCAUACAAAUGGAACAGCUUUCACAAGUGGACCGAAUGGCAGGCCGUCAUCUGAGAUAAUUGCUAACUUAAAACCCUACUUAACUUACGAGAAUAUUAUUUAUAUGAGCAGUUUGAUUUGGGAGAGGAUGAAUACUACUUUUGUGAGUAACGAGGCUACUUAUGAAGCUUACGGUGAAGAAAAUGGAAGAAGUACUUUUACCCUCCAUGCACAAGGUGGAAAGAUUGCGAGCUUCUUUGCUCGAAGUGGGCCAUACCUCGACACUAUUGGUAUUUAUACAACUUAA